UAUAAAAGAGAAGCUAACUAACCUAACAAUGGGUUUAAAUAAGUUUACAGGCAAUAAUAGAGGAAUUAAAAACAAACAACUUCGCGAAAUAUAUGUAAGAGGAACCGAAAGAAUAAUAACAUACGCAGCACCAGUAUGGUACAAAUGCACCAACAAUCUUCUUAAAAGAUUAAAAUCAACACAAAGAAAACCCUUAUUAUCAAUAACUAAGGCGUACAAAACUGUAUCCAAUAAUGCAUUAAAUGUUUUAGCAAAUUUGCCACCAGUUCAUUUAAAAAUAGAAAAGGAAAUAGAAAUCAAUAAUUUCGAAGCAGAAGCAGUAGCUAUUACAAAAGCAUUAGAAUAUAUAACUCUCCAGAAUAACUCAGCUAGCUAUCAAAUUUUAACCGAUAGUCUAUCUACAUUGCAGGGAAUUAGCAACCCAGACAACUUAAACCCAUAUAUAUACCAAAUUAAAGAAACAAUUAGAAAAGUAAACAAGAACCAUAAAAUAAUAUUAACGUUUAUAAAAGGACAUAGUGGAAAUAUUGGAAAUGAAUAUGCAGACGACCUAGCUAAAAAAGCCAUCCGAUACGGGGAAGAAAUAGAUCUCCCCAUAUCCAAAAAGUUUAUUAAUAGUCAGUUAUAUAAACAAAUAUAUAUAAAAUGGAAUAUUGUAUGGAAUCAAGAACCCAACCUUUAUAAAAGCUAUAUUAAGGAAUGGAUCAAAAAUAUUACGGAAAUUCCAACCUUAUUUUUGGCUGUGCUUCCUUGA